AUGCACUACGGAAUCCCUCUCGGUGUACCACCAUGGGGCGAACAAGAAUCUCUGGUCUGGUUCACUCUCGUUUUGGAACCACGAGUUACGGGAAGCGAAAGUCGCUGGGGGCCAGUGGAGUUUGAUUUUUCUACGCCGGAACCUGUACUGCGACUAGCAGAUCCCAACAGCCCUACAGAAGAACCACAGCACGCCUUGCCCUCUUGGAGCUGGUACUCACUGACAGAGCCUAAGUUUUAUGCGAUUGACAGCGCCGAGAAAAUCAAAAAGCAGAUGAUCUCGCUCCUUGACGAGGAGGGCGUGCGGAACGUUAAUCAUGUAACGCAAGGCUCCAGAGAAAGAUUUCCUGACGCUGGAUUUUUGUCAGACCCUCUAGCCAUGAAUGAAGACAUCACCAGGACUAGCCCGGAAGAUUCGACGGACGUUGUGCAACAAGUUCUCGCUGAUUCAGCGUAUUGCGACAUGGUCAAAACUCACCAGAGAACGCUUUCCAGUGGCGUUUUGCUCCUGGUGAGUAACAUGGUCCGUGUGCAGCUAGACGAGGAUUUUGCAAACUGGUCCCUGAACAUACUCGGAAACCCCCUGGAACGUCUAGGUAUCGGCUCCAUUCCCAGGUCCGUGUGGGAUAAAUUGGAUGUCGAUGUAAAAGGUCUUUUAUCUCAUGUAGCUAGCUCCCCUCGAAUCUACCAACUUGGCCUUGGGCUGCAGGUACUGUCAACCAUCCUGCGCAACAUUCUCCUUUCAAGCUAUGCUACAAGUCGUUCGGCGGUGUUUACAGGGAAGACUUCGACCUUACCUGCUGGCGAGUACCUCCAAUUCAGGGUGUGA